AUGAACGAUGAUUCCAUAAGACCGUUUGGUCAGACGUCUUCUUCUAGGUCAAAACUCUCAGGUGAAGAUCAGGGCUCAUAUCUCGUUCAAGAACCUUUUUGGAACCCUUAUGGCAAAUUCCUCAUCGUCAUCAGUUCACUUCAAGGAGAUCUUCGGGUUAUUUUCGACGUGCUCCUCAUGUUUCACGUCAAUAAUGUCGUGCUGCUAAACGGCACUGGACCCGGUCAUCUUUACACCUACAACCCAUUUGCUAACUACGCCUGCGGAAGGUAUUACGACGAAAUCAUUGGAUUCGGAACAUGUUUAAACAACAGAGCGAAUCUGUUCCCGGACAAACUUGUCAGUGGAUUACGAAAUUGUACUUUUAGAGUGUCCUUUCCACAUAAACCACCAUUUACUGUAAAUCCUUCAAUAGUUAAGCAUUUGAUACGUCAGCAACCCCUCAUAGGUUUUGAAGAAAAGCUAUUGAAGGUUCUAGCAGAACAAGAGCAUUUCAACAUCACUUAUAAUGACAGCUAUGGCAAAACAUUUUAUUCUGUAAUCCUGCCUAACAUGACGGCAGUGGGGCCCUUAUCCUUAUUACAGACUAACAAAACUGAUAUAAUCAUAGGUGGUAUGAUGCUAUCACCGGCACGAUAUUCCGCUUUUAGCCACGUUAGUGGCCAUUUCGACUACUUAGACGAAUUAAUUUUCGCAGUGCGACUAGCUGAUCUUGUAACUAAUUCCAAAAAAAUCUAUCUGGAAUUUCAUCCUACCGUGUGGCUCCUUCUAAUACUUGUCUUCAUUAUAUAUUUCAUAUUAUUAAUAAUUGUACUUCGACCGAAAGACAAAAGCUUGAUCAUGCUAAAAAUGCUUUCAAGUUUAGUACUUCAUGGAUGUGGCAUGUCAUGCAGAUACACAGUCAAGUGGCUUGUAUUAAUUUGGUUGGUAUUUGCAGUCAUUAUAAAUAUUUUCUAUCAAACAAGUUUGUAUAGUCUCACCAACAAUCCUAUUAGAGAACACCAAAUCGACGAAGAAUAUGAAUUAAACAAUUUGAAAGCAUGCAUAGAACCGGCUUUAGUAGCCUAUUUGAGAGCAGAACAUAUUCCAAAUAAUAUAACUUUAAGUGAAGAAGAUAUAAAUGAUUGUGAUAAUAUUGCAAGAAACGUACAUAAAGUAGGUCAAAACAGAAAGUUGUACACUGUCCUGAGAAAGAUGAUGUUUGAAUUUAGCAAAGACCAUUUUACUGAUCCAUGGGGACAUUCGCCUAUCCACACGUUUACAAAACCUUUGUCUAAAACAAUAUCGGCGAUCCUAUUAUACAAAGGUUUCCCAACGACUCAUCAAUUGAAGGAAAUGUCGCUUUGA